AUAAAUUAAACUAGUGAUCGACAAGCAGUGAAUGUGGAAAGAAGUAAUACAGUAAAGAGUCUGCGGAGCAAUGGGUUCGAUGAUUUCGCGAUUAUUUAAAAGGAAAAGAGAAAAAAGUACAUAUGAAAAAUUGGAAGCAAUCGAGUUAAAAAUAAAAGAAAUAGAGGAAUUCUCGGACCUAUAUCAAUUGAAACAGAAACGAUUUGUUGGAAAUGUUCUGUUGUAUGGAUUGGGAUCGUCUGUAGUGGCAUUUCUAGCAUUUUAUUUUGCAUUUUUGCCAAAAACACUAGAAAAACGAGUACUUUAUUCAAUUCCGAUUAUUUUGUUGCCUGCAUUUAUAUUUUUUCUUAAAAAUCUAGUCGCAUAUUAUUUUCAAAGAAAGGUCAAUUCAAAUGCUGAAGAACUAGCCGAACUGAGGACUGAAAAGCGGGAAUUAUUAGAUCAUGUUAAGACAAAGGAAACAUACAAGGACGCAGUUGAGAUAUUACAAAGAUUUGGCAAUGUCAAUGACCGAUCAUUUUCAACACCAUCACGUCAAUCAUCAGCAUCGCCACCUGACAAUAUCUCGAAAGUUAUGGUUAAUACAAGCACAAACAUGACACCGUCAUUAGGCGGAAAUUUUAAAACUCCAGUAGCUGGAAGACAAUUAGUUCAUCGCAAUAUUUUACAACAAAGAAUGAAUGCUCAAACGCCUCAAAUGGAUCCAAAUCGGACAGUUGCUAUUCCUUCUUCUGUCGCCGUUAUUCGAGGAAUGAAACGAACGCCAUAUCCAAUUAUUGAUAAUAGUCAGAAAUCUGUUGUGGAUAAAAUGGUCGAUUACUUAAUUGGCGACGGUCCAGCCAAUAGAUUUGCCAUGAUCUGCCAGCAGUGCUUUAAGCAUAAUGGUAUGGCACUACAAGAGGAAUAUGAAUAUGCUGCCUUUCGAUGUGCUUUUUGUAAUUUCUUUAAUCCAGCUAAAAAGCUUAGACCAAUUGCACCGAGAUUAUCGUCAGAAUUAGCAUUACAGCCGUCACAACCUUCAUUCAACAUUCAAAGGCCAUCUUCGUCUGAUUCAAGCAGUUGCUCAGACACAGACAAUGAAAUUUCAAAGCGGAAAUUACAAAAUGUCACAGAAACUGAACCCAAACAAAUUGUGGAGUCAGAGGAGCAAGAACAGAACGACGAAUUGGAAGUCGAAUCAGUGGGCGAUGAAAUUGAAUUUAUCGAUAAGCCAGAAAGACAAGACAUUGAGAAAAAGCUCGAAUAGCUCGCAUUGCAUGGUGAAUUUUAUAGACUUAUUUCUUUUCUUAAGAAUCAAGCUUUUUGUUAUCCAGUAAUUUUUUAAAGAAAAACCUAAUUAGGACUUCUCGUGCGGCCAAUUAAAUUAGUCGUAUAAGAGAAACAAAGAAGAAAACAAAUUGUUAAUAAUUUUAUGAAUACAUAUAAAAAGUCAGUCAAGGUACGGCAAGUUUCAACAUCUUUGAGUGUGCAUUAAAAUUUGUAACAAAUUAGAUUGUGAUGACUUUUAACAACUUUUUUAUUCAAAAAUUAACGGUUGAAAUUUAAAUUUUUU